CACUCUUCAAGGGGCAAAGAGCACCUGAAAGACAGUACUAGGAAGGGGGUUCCGGAUAUAACGGAGUCUUACGCCCAGGCGCCUUAGUCAAAGUCUGUUCUUACUUUUGCUUUUGUUGCUUUGCAGGCUCUGAGCUCUCCAACCCUGCGAGCCCACAGCUCAGCCCAGUGGACACUUAGACUGCAGGCAGGCAGCCGGCCGCUAGAGGAUCUCUAACUCUUCCCAGAGAACUGAGAGCUGAAGGAGCAAAAUGGUGGCCUCGCCUCUCGCUGUCCUGCGAACAAGCAAGUUGUGCCAAUGGGGCUGGAAGUGCCGGGCGCGGCUGUCGGGGCCUCGGCCGUUCGGUCCGGGUGGCUGCACCGCUUGGGCCCCUGCGCGGACAAAUGCGACGCUGAGCCUGGAGCCCGCGGGCCGCAGCUGCUGGGACGAGCCGUUGAGCAUCACCGCGCGCGGCCUGGCCCCCGAGCAGCCCGUCACGCUGCGCGCCGCCCUGCGCGACGAGAAAGGCGCGCUCUUCCGCGCCAACGCGCGCUACCGCGCCGACGCCCACGGCCGGCUGGACCUGGCGCGCGCGCCCGCGCUGGGCGGCAGCUUCGCGGGGCUCGAGCCCAUGGGGCUGCUCUGGGCCCUGGAGCCCGAACGGCCUUUCUGGCGCCUGGUCAAGCGCGACGUGCGGACGCCCUUCGUGGUGGAGCUGGAGCUGCUGGACGGCCACGAGCCCGACGGCGGGCGGCUGCUGGCGCGGGCGGUGCACGAGCGGCACUUCAUGGCUCCCGGGGUGCGGCGCGUGCCCGUGCGCGAGGGCCGUGUGCGCGCCACGCUCUUCCUGCCCCCAGAACCUGGUCCCUAUCCUGGAAUCGUGGACCUUUUUGGAGUUGGAGGUGGCCUUCUGGAGUAUCGAGCAAGUCUGCUGGCUGGGAAGGGUUUUGCUGUCCUGGCUCUGGCUUAUUAUAACUACGAUGACCUCCCCAAGGGCAUGGAAACCAUGCACAUAGAGUACUUUGAAGAAGCUGUGAACUACCUGCUUAGCCACCCUGAGGUAAAAGGUCCAGGAGUUGGAGUGCUUGGCAUUUCCAAAGGGGGUGAACUUGGCCUUGCGAUGGCCUCCUUCCUGAAGGGCAUCAAAGCUGCUGUCAUCAUUAAUGGCUCUGUGGCUGCUGUUGGGAACACCAUAUACUACAAGGAUUUUACUAUACCUCCUGUGUCUCUUCUGAGAAAUCGAGUCAGGAUGACCAAAGAUGGCCUCAUGGAUGUUGUGGAAGGUCUUCAAAGCCCUUUGGUAGAACAGAAGAGCUUCAUCCCUGUGGAAAGGUCAGACACAACCUUCCUGUUGCUUGUAGGUCAGGAUGACCACAACUGGAAGAGUGAGUUCUAUGCCAAUGAGAUCUCCAAACGCUUACAGGCUCAUGGGAAGGAGAAGCCCCAGAUCAUCUGCUACCCGGAAGCGGGGCAUUAUAUUGAGCCCCCUUACUUCCCACUGUGCAAGGCGGGCAUGCACCUCCUGGUGGGUGCUAAUAUCACCUUUGGAGGGGAGCCUAAGCCUCAUGCCAUGGCCCAGUUGGAUGCAUGGCAGCAACUCCAGACUUUCUUCCACAAACACUUGGGUGGUAAGAGUUAGGGGGUGACUCCCAAAAUAUUACCCAUUAUCUGUUGGUUUUGGAGAAAACCUCAAAUAUACUAUCAGAGUAUUAGUUCUGGUUAGUUUAUCUGGACAUAUUCUGAUUCCUUAAAGGUUUUUAUUUCUUCUUCUUCUU